UUUUUCGCGCAUGGCAGAAGACCCUCGCUUUCUUUCUGUUUUCAUCGGCGUCGCCGCCGGUCUCGGAGAACAACGAGAGAUCCCGAUCUGUUCCUCGUCGGCUUCACUUCCGGAUCGACCCGUCGGCGGUGGACGGGGAGGAGUUGGGUCGGCGGAGGACAAAAGGGGGAAAGAUGGCUUUCAAUUUCACCGGCACGCAGCAGAAAUGCAAGGCCUGCGACAAGACUGUCUACCUCAUGGAUCAGCUCACUGCCGACGGAAUCGUCUUCCAUAAGUCCUGCUUCAAGUGCAAUCACUGCAAAGGAACCCUCACGCUAAGUACAUAUUCAUCAAUGGAAGGUGUUUUAUAUUGCAAGCCUCACUUUGAACAACUCUUCAAGGAAUCUGGCAACUUCAACAAGAAUUUUCAAUCACCUGCAAAAUCUGCUGAUAAAGCUCCAGAACUGACGAGAUCUGCUAGCAAAGCUGCCAGUAUGUUUUCAGGAACACAGGAGAAAUGUGCUACAUGUGGCAAAACAGCAUAUCCUCUGGAAAAGGUGACUGUUGAAGGGCAAGCCUACCACAAGUUCUGCUUCAAGUGUUCUCAUGGAGGCUGCUCAAUUACCCCUUCCAACUAUGCAGCCCUUGAAGGGAUCCUCUACUGCAAACACCAUUUCUCACAACUUUUCAAGGAGAAAGGAAGCUACAACCACCUCAUCAAGUCUGCGUCGAUCAAGCGCACUGCAGCAACUGCCCCAGAUCUUUAGUUCGAGGCAGAUUCGUGGCUAUUUAUAUCUUCUCCAUGAUAGUGUAGCUCUCAUCUUUUUCUUUUCCCUAUUGUCGUUGCUUGAUUUACUAAGACAUUUGUGAUCUUGGUUUCCAGUGUUGUUUUGCUUCCUUUUGUUAUGCGGAAUCUGUAACAAAACUUACUCGGGAGAAAGAAACUGCUCCUCUGUUUAAUCUCUAUGGCAUUUUCCCCCUCUUCA